GAAAAGGGAUGUCGGCUCGUGUGUCUGUGACUUACAAGCAGCAAACGAGGCAGUUGCCUUUCUCAUAUUACCAAGAGACACAAGCAAGGAAGGCUUAGCUGCCGUUUUACGGCAACGUCAGGAUGGAAAUGAAACAGGAAACGUGUGACAUAAGUGCCACGGAGAUAAUGACUGUAACAGUUAAAGAGGAGGACUGUGAGUGGGGGUCCGUCCACUCCGAACAGGAGAGUCUGGGCGUUACAGAUGAGGAUUAUGAACUGGUGACCGUGGGCAUUAAAGAAGAAGCUGAGGAGAUGGCGGUCAUUGGCGAGAUGCACAAACAUAGAAGCGUGGAGCCCGUUGACUUCAAGGUGAGGUCUGGGCCUUUCAAAUCUGACACAAAGAGGACUGAGGAGAUCUCAACAGGAGCAAGGGACAUUUUGACACCGGCUACUUCUCACUUCAAUCCUCAGUCUGCUGUGAAACUAACAAGGACAGAUAAAAGGAGCACUCAACAGCAGAUGCACAGUACAAGUUCAUCAGAUAUGUCUGAUGUCCAAAAGCAGAAGAACAGUUUAAAUCCAAAAUCUACAGCCAGUGAUAACCAGGACUGUCCUUCAAGUAAGAAGCCACACUGCUGUACUGAAUGUGGCAAACGCUUCUCUUGUAGUAGCCUACUUAAGAGUCACAUGAGAAUUCACACUGGAGAGAAGCCCUAUUGCUGUUCUGAAUGCGACAAACAAUUCUCCCAGAUGAGCCACCUUCGAACCCACAGACGAAUUCACAGUGGAGAGAAACCAUACUGCUGUUCAGAAUGUGGCAAGCAGUUCUCGCAAUCAGGCAGUCUUUAUAACCACAGAAGAAUCCACACGGGGCAGAAGCCAUUUACCUGUGCCGAGUGUGGCCAAAAAUUUGUUAGCAGUAGUACUCUUCAGAUACACACAAGAAUUCACACUGGGGAGAAGCCAUAUUGCUGUUCUGAAUGCGGCAAGCAAUUCUCCAAAAUAGGUAAUCUGCAGGCCCACCAGACCAUUCACACUGGGGAGAAGCCAUAUUGUUGUUCUGAGUGUGGAAAAAAAUUCUCAAAGGUCGUCAAUCUGAAGAAGCACAGAAGAAUUCACACCGGAGAACGGCCGUAUUCCUGCUCUGAAUGCGGCAAGCGAUUCUACAGCAGUAGCCACCUGCGAAGACAUGCGAGAAUUCAUACCGGAGAGAAGUCUUACUGCUGUGGGGAAUGUGGAAAACGUUUCACCACCAGUAGUAACCUUCAGCAACACACAAAAGUCCAUGCUAAAGAGAAGUUUUGUCUCCAGAUGCACAUAUUACACGUCUGGCUUUGCAAAACUACAAUGCAGAUGGAUGUGAUCGAGGAGACGUGUAAGCCUGACACGAAUAUCAUGGAGGUAAUAGCUGUAAGGAUUAAGGAGGAGGACUGUGAGUGGGAGUCCAUCCACCCUGAACAGGAGCGUCUCUCCAUUCCUAAUAAGGACUGUGAUCCGGGGUCAGUGGGCCCUAAAGAAGAGGCCGAGGAGAAGUCUGUCAGCAUUGAGACCCAUGACCGCACAAAUAUAAAGAGUGCGGAGGAAGACGACCUUUACUACGGGUGUCAAGAUGGAGCGGUGACCGGGUUAGACUCUUCUCAAAGCAGGUACUCUUCAUCUCGGGAACCCUCUGUCAAUGAGGUAGAAUCUGACACAAAGAACACUGAAGAAAUCUCAUCUUUUAGAACUUUGGAAGAUCAACCACCACCUUCUAAUCCGUCUGGAAAAAGAGGCAAACCUCACUGCUGUUCUGAGUGUGGCAAGCAGUUUUUUGACAGGAGCACCCUGCUGAGACACAUUAAAAUUCACACCGGAUUGAAGCCAUAUUGCUGUAAUGAAUGUGGCAAACCAUUCUCGCGAAUGAGCAAUCUGCAGAGACACACAAAAAUUCACACCGGAGAACCCCGUGAAAAGCUCUACAGCUGUUCUGAAUGCGGCAAAAGUUUCUCCCAGAGGAGCCAUCUUCACCGUCACAAAAUCAUUCACACCGGAGAGAAGCCAUACUGCUGUUCGGAAUGUGGCAAGAGAUUCUCACGAACCACCAGUCUUCAGAGCCAUCAAAGAGUUCACACAGGCGAGAAGCCGUAUUGCUGUUUGGAAUGUGGCAAACACUUCUGCGACAGUACGACGCUUCAGAGACACGCGAGAAUUCACACGGGAGAGAAGCCAUAUUGCUGUUUGCAGUGUGGCAAACAGUUCUCCCACAGGAGUACUCUACAGAGGCACACAAGAAUUCACACUGGGGAGAAGCCAUAUUGCUGCUCUGAAUGUGGCAAACAGUUCUCCCGCAGGAGUAAUCUUCGGGUGCACAUUAGAACUCACACUAAGGAGCGACCAUAUUCCUGUUCGGAAUGUGGGCGAGGAUUCUGUCACAGGAGUCACCUCUGGAGACACAUUAGAAUUCACAACGAAGAGAAGCCAUAUUGCUGCAAUGAAUGCGGCAAGAAAUUUUUGCGAAUGAGCCAUCUUCAGAGCCACACGAGAAUUCACACCGGAGAGAAACCCUUUUGCUGUUCUGAAUGCGGCAAACAAUUUGCACACAUGAUCAGCCUUAAAAGACACUCUGCGGUUCAUACGGGAGAGAAGGAGUAAGUUGGUGGGUGAAGAAGGAAGAAAUGGAGGAAAGGAGUAAAUACUCAAAUCUAUGAGUAGCUUUCAUGUGGGUGGGGGAAGCUUCAUUUAUUUUCAAGAUCCAUGCACAAUCUCAUCAAGAUAAAACUAACCUUGUAGUUUUGAAAAAGAUUUCAAUUCAUACUGGACCCUUGUUCCCCGGAAUUAAAGGUGUCCACCCUUUGUCCCGGCACUAGGGUAGGUGAUGGCGAUAGCAAUAGUGCAAAAGGGAGAAGACCUCCAAUGUGGUGUUAGCCUCGAUGAACAGUGUCGUAGCCUCGAUGAACAGUGUCGCUGGCUCCCCCCCGAAAUGUGACAGUCAAGGACACAAUAGCUUCACUCGAGUAAUAAAUUAAGAGAAGUGGACACAAUCCAGGGGUCAUGUGGAGAUGAAGAACAGAUCAUUGACUGGUACUUUGAUGGAACAAAUCCAGAAUGCCUGCCUGGAGGGCUCACACAACACGUUAAUCCCAGCAUCCAAAUAAAGUAAAAUAACUGAUGCUAACCCAAGAUCUCUAAUAGCGUUAUUAAAGCUCGAGUCAUUUAUCAUAGUGAAG